ACUAACACUGAGUACUGAGUUACUGAGUAGUGAGUUCACUCUUCACUCUUCAGUCUCCCGUGACCAGCCGUGGAGGGAGGUACGCUGCGCGUUCACACGCUUGUGUUGAAACAAAUACCGUAUACUGACUUUUCUUUGGACUGCAGAGGACGUGUGUGUUUGCAAGUUGUUAUAGUGAGUGUGAGGUACUUUUUAAGAUUGAAGACAGUGUAUGGAACGGCGGCAGAAGUCGGAGUGAGGAUAGAGGAGAGGUGGGCGGCCGCCGCUACUCACUUGGAAAUCACCAACUCAACCAGGUAUGUGAUGCAGGAGAUGGAGGAGAGAGGAAGGGAGAGAAGAGAAAAGGAAAGAGGGAAAGAGAGGAGUCAUCUGGAGAAAAAGACACUACUGGUAAUGCGUGGGGCCAGAAUACCAACGCUUGACGUGCUGUCCAUGCUGACCAGUGUGUGUGUGGGAAGCGACAAGGAUGAGCGUAGUGUGACACUCAGCAGCGGGACACAUGCCUGGUGGGAGGAGUCACCGCUUACCUCCCUCUCACAAAGGUAUGUGAGCCUUGAGAGUGAAAGAAGAAGGAAGAGAGGGGGUGAGAGGGAGAUAUAUACGAAACUACAGUACUGGUAAGGACGAUUGAGGAGAGAGGAAGACAUUCGACCGGUUAUUUCAGACAGGUGAGCCGCAGAAGGAGGAGGAGGAGGAGGAGGAGGAAGAGAAGGAAGAAGAGUAAGUGGGUAAGGGGAGAGAGAAAGGAAGAAGAGGAGGAGGAACACUAGUCGAAAAGAACUUGGAAUAAGAAAAAAGAAAUGAAAAGAGAGUUAGGAAAGAAUGACAUGAAUAAUGAGUAAAGAAAAAAGAGGAGGAGGAGGAGGAGGAGGAGGAGAAGGACGACUGUUUGAAAAUAAGUUGAAAUUUUAAACAAGGAAAAAAAGAUAAAUGGAUAGAAAAAUAGUUUGGAAACAUUAACAGGUAAAAAAAUGAUAGAAACACUGUCCAAAAAGAAAUUGCAGUAAGAUAAGAAAAAAAUAAUAGAUGAAAGAGAGUUAGAAAAGAAUAACAGAC